GAAGUGAAAAUGAACGUGAAAUUUGUAUCGCAAAAAAUCAGCAAAAUUCGCUGGAAGCCGGUUCUAGAACAGGGUUUACAUACCUCUGACACGUUUGCCACUGGUAGCUGGGACUGUGAGCCAGCUUCAAACCAUGUCAGUAUCUGGGUGUUGGAUACAGAAGACAAGAGAAUUGAUGCACACGGAGAUGGUGUUCCAGACAAUGACCCUCGGCUAGUGUGUAACGCCCUCCAUGAUGGAGAUGUCAUGGAUCUUCAGUAUAUGACUCAGGAUGUGUUGGUUAGUGCAGGAUCAACCGGGAAUGUAACAGUGUACAAACACAACAGUAACACACAUACUUUAGCCACACAGCAGACAUGGCAGAGAGCCCAUCACCACAUUAGCGGCUACGCCCCAGCCACAAGUGUAGCGACACGAGAUUCAGACUUGGUGGUCUCCGGUGGUGAAGAUGGAAGAAUCAAUGUGCUCAAAGUUGGACAAAAACAACCAGAAAGAAUCAUUGAUAAAGCAGACAGCUCGACUAUAAAUGCCCUCACAUUCCUGAAACAUUUUGAAGUGAUUGCCAUCAACUCAAUCGGACAGUUAAAAGUCUGGGAUCUAAGAACAGACGGCAAUGAACCAGCAAGGAUAUUCAAGCUCACUGGUGAUAAAAUGAUCCCACUGCACUGUGUGGACAAACACCCUACCCAGCCCCACAUUGUAGCCACAGGAGGCCAGGAUGGUAAUCUCUGCACUUGGGACAUGAGGCAGGAGAAAUGCCCAGUGACCCUGAUGGAGGGACACUCAUCAGACAUGUGGGAGGUGCGGUUCCAUCGUUCAAACCCAAAUCACCUGUUUACAUGCUCUGAAGACGGCACUGUAUGGCAUUGGGAUUGUAGUGGAGUGACGUCAUCCAUGCCUAUCACAACCGGGGUGGGACUAGGAGGGACUGUACCUCACUCUGCCCCUCGGCCGGCCGUGUCAGCUGGGAAUCCAUGGACAACGAACGAAUCAACCAAACAUCGCAUGGAGAUCAAUGACAUUCUCCCAGGCGAUAACAACAUGCCAAUUAAUACGCUGGAUAUCAAUGGAAACACUUUGAUAUGUGGAAGUGAUAACGAAGCCAUCUUCAUCAUUCCAGGAUUGGCCUUACGGUAGCUGCACUUUGGAAUAUAAAUGUCUUAUGACCUAUAGACUGGUUGAAAAACAUUUCACUCGUGACUUAAGGACAGCAGCAUGCUAGUUCAAUGAGAGCUGAAAUAGAAGACACCGGCUGACUCUUGUACUUUCUUGUUGGAUUAUCUUUAGGGAAAACUGAGAUAAUGGUCCAGUCAUGUAAUGGUGCUUUAUCUCAGUCCUGCAAAGCGAAGCACUCUCACUGCCGUUGUAAUGUUACUGAUUGUUUCAUGACAAUCAAAAAAGUAACUUCAUUUUGAUACGAUAUUUCAUAAUAAAAUUCAUAAAGAAGAUCAGGUUGUUAGAGUUG